CACUUUGAUGGCCAUAACAACAGCAACCAUUCCCGGAACGGGGACUUCCACAAUGAUAAUCGUCCUGAACGUGGAGGAGGAGCAGAGCUGAAUAUCAGCGGCGCCGGUAGCAGCAAUGGGUACGGUACUUUGCGUAAUGGUAAUAAUUAUGGCCGUAACGGGCAUCAGAAUGGUGGUUCCGGCUCCUUCCAUUACCACCACCAUAAUCAUUACAACAGCAACGGACCCUCAACUUCGGCUGUAGCCUUAGCAGGUGGCAGCAGUAGCGUUGCCAGCCUACUUGACGGACCGACUGGCUCUUCUGGUGCUUUAGGAUCCACCACUUCGCUCAGCAGCGGGCCCAACGGUUUGAAAUCGGACAGUCCUUCGCGCAAAAGACGCCGCAUUUCCGGUCGCAUGCCCAGCCAGUCACCGCCUGCAAUUUGGGAGCAACGACGAUCGCCUCGCACUCAGAUGCCGCAGGGAAGUCCACCGAUACGACGGCCACGCUUGCGCGAGCCUGGACCGUCACAGCAAGUGCAUGGUCACCACAUUAACAACACUGGCAAUGGCAGUAAUAACAAUAACAAUAAUACCAAUACCGGCAGCAGUAAUCAUUUCCAGAGCUAUCACCAGCCACAGCAUUCUUUACAGCAUACGCCAUAUUACUUGCGCCAACAUAUGCCGCCGCCAGCACUUCAACAGCAGCAGCAACAACAACAACCACACCAGCCGCAGCAACCACAGCUCCAACAGCGCUCACCGUGGGAACAUUCGCUUGCUGCAGUGAAUGCUUUCAUUCAACAAACGCCGCCCCCGCCACCGUCGCCCGGCCAUCACCAUCAGACGUCCCUUGUGGGCGCGCCACCCCCACCGCCACCACUGAUGUUGGACAUCAACCAAGUUCCUGUCAGUCUACCAUUGCGGCAUGCCGAACCCAUUUGGGCGUCUAUUUGCACCUAUCCCGCGGCACCGCCGCCACAAGCCCGAAUAGCCCCUUGCCACUUGCACGGCAUCUAUACACAACCGUUUGCUGCUCAAGCGUGCAACACGCAUCCCAGCACUCAAUUCGCACCCGCAACAGCUGGUUUCGCUGCUGCUGCUGGCGCUCCCAUACAGAUGCCACAGGCGCAACAGGUGCAGGUGAGCGCUGCUGCAGCCGCGCAGCAACAGCAAACGCAACAGGCUGCCGCUCUAAUGGCAGCUGCGUCAGUAGCCGCAGCCAACUACCAACAUGCUCAUUUGACCCAGCAACAACGCACAGAAGCCAGUGCGGCUGCGGCCGCUGUAGCCGGACUUUCGCUCGAACAAGCGACCGCCCACCACCUGGAUCCCCAUCAAGGCCAUCAGGCGGCUGUAGCUACGCCACCGACACAUCAUAAUCAGCUGCAGGCAGCACCAAUACACAUAACCUCAAUGUCGGCCGUUGCGGCUGCAGCCGCGCAUCAUUUGCGCACUACCGCCACCGCAGCUGUCUCGCAAAUGUCUGCGGCGCCCCAGCCGAUUCUUGUCUCAACAGAAAGACGUGUUUUCCCACCUCACCGUCGCAUUACUCGUUUCUG